AUGUCUCAGCAAGAUUCAGAUUAUCGCUCGGAUGGACAAGAACCAUCCGACGUGCAUGAGGAGGAGGUCCCAUCCUCGGAGACACCACUAUCCAGUGCGUAUGAGGAGGAGGUGGACGCACCCACAACCACACCAGCGGCCACACUAUCUCCGCAUCCAGUUGCAGAGAUACUGCCGAACGUAUCUUAUUGCGUUCUAUCAUCUCCUCCAUGGGGUGAGGCUAUAGCACUGGGUUUUCAGCAUUAUAUUGUCAUGUUGGGUCAGAUGGCUCUUAUACCAUUCAUAUUAGUUCCUCAGAUGGGAGGAGGAGAUAGAGAAAAGGCUAUGGUAAUACAGAGUUUGUUGCUUGUGGCUGGAACAAACACCCUGACGCAGAGUUUCUUUGGGACUCGUCUACCCGUGGUCAUUGGCGCUUCACACAUAUAUGUGCCGACCACCCUCUCAGUUCUCUUAUCGAGUAGAUAUAGCGGGAUUGUGGAUCCCACAGAGAGAUUUUUAGGAAUUAUGCGUGCAACACAGGGUGCACUUAUGAUUGGAUCGACCAUGCAAAUCAUUGUUGGAUUUUGUGGCAGUUGGCGGUAUAUAGUGAGGUUCUUAAGCCCUCUCUCUAUUGUUCCAUUAGUUGCGCUUUCGGGGUUUGGACUUCAGCGGUUCGGUUUUCCUAUGCUUGCAGAAUGCGUAGAGAUUGGACUACCUGAGCUUAUACUUUUGUUGAUGUUUACACAGUACCUUCCUCAUGUGAGGCGAGAUGAUCGGCGUAUUUUAGUCCUAAAUCGUUUUGCAGUCAUAUCCUCGACACUGGUCGUGUGGGCAUUUGGCUAUUUUCUGACGAUCGUUGGAGCCUACAAGAAAUCACAUUCUUGUAGAACUGAUCACACGGGAGUCAUUGACGGGGCACUUUGGUUUUCUAUUCCCUACCCAUUUCAAUGGGGAAGUCCUACAUUUGAUAUGGGUGAUUCAUUGGCUAUGAUGGUUGCUUCCUUUGUAGCAUUAGUAGAGAGGUAUGCCAUUACACUUCCAGUAACGUUUAUUAGUAUGCCCAAACCGUUUACAAUAGCCACACUUAGAACAAGGUUUGAAGGAUCCGCCUCUAAUGCGAUUGUGAUUGCUGCCAAAGAAAAUUCGGAAUUGAUAGGGAUGACACGAGUUGGUAGUCGAAGAGUUGUCCAGAUAUCAGCUGCGUUUAUGAUAUUUUUCUCCAUUUUUGGAAAGUUUGGAGCUUUGUUUGCUUCUAUCCCAGCUUCCAUAUAUGCAGCAUUGUACUGCAUUUCAUUUGCAUAUGUGGGUCCGGGAGGCCUCGACUUGCUUCAGUUUUGCAAUCUGAACAGCUUCAGGGGCAAGUUUAUUAUGGGAUUUUCUAUUUUCAUGGGGUUCUCCACACCCCAGUAUUUUGUGGAGCACGGCCCCGGAAAACAUGGGGUGUCACAUACCAGAGUGAGAUGGUUUAAUGAUGUGGUCAGCAUUCCAUUUUCAUCUGGAGCGUUUGUUGCUGGUUUAUUCGCGGUCUUUUUGGACUCAGUUUUGCUUAGGAGGAAUGAUAGUCGGGUUCAUAGAGACCGAGAUAUGCAGUGGUGGGAUAGGUUCACCUCCAUGAGAGGUGAUAGUCGGAGUGCAGAUUAUUAUUCUCUGCCAUUUUAG